CGACCAUCGUCUGUCGCGGCCAAUCAUGCCAACUGCCUUACCAUGUGCUUACUCCAUCUCCGAGCCCCGUUGCAUCUCCGCCGCAUGCGUCUCUGUUCGAUGUGAACUUUAUGUUGGGAGCCGACUUCGGCGCCGCGCAUCGAUAUGAGGUUUUCCUUCAGCGACAUGUUGUAUCAUUAUCACACAGUAUAUAGGUGGUGCUCACAGAUCGUAUGGAACAUUCGGAGAAGGCAUCGUCCCCAAUCAAUCAACCACCCAUCAACAAUACGCAACCUCAAAUGGCUACUUCAACUCAAUAUCCUUCUCGAGAUGAGAUUUUCUCGAUUUUCAAACCUUUGGAAGACGGAAAUUCGGCCGAGACCUUCAAAAGAGUGUCGCCUGAUGUCGACUGGACCGUCAUGGGCACACAUCCUUGUGCAGGUCGCUACAGAAGCUUGAAGGAGUUUCAAGAAGCCACAUUCUCACGUCUGGGCAAAAUCAUGAAACCACCAGGCCUGAAGCUCAAAGUGAGAAAUAUCAUUGGUGGUAGCGACCAAGAGUGGGCUGUAGUUGAACUUAUCGCUGUUGCGGAAUGCAAAAGUGGACUGAAGUUCGACAAUACCUACGCUUGGGUUAUUCGUUUCGAUCAGGGCGGUCAGAUUGUGGAAGUGAGAGCUUAUUUGGACUCUUGGAUGGUCAAGCAAGCGGUCGAGGAGAAUGAAUGCCCCAGCCACCGAGCACCCCUUCCGUCGCUGUGACAAAUUACGCUGGCGGCAGAACAAUCUGACAUAUAUGAGAAGUGCUGGUUCGCUACCGAAUCUUGCCAUUAGUUUCGAUCUAAAGAUCAAUUCGAAGCAGUCUUACACGA